UAAUUAUAAGGGAAACAUAUGUAGCCCAUUGUCAAAAUUUCUUUCUCUAAUUUAUUUCGGGUGGGGGCACAUUUGGUGGUUAUAGACAGACAGACAUGGAAAGGCUUCAAAAGAUGCCUUUUUUCGCCAAUGUUCAUCACUCCUCCAUUCACUCUCUCACUCACUCACUCACUCACUCACUCCCAACCUCCCUGUCUCUUCCUUCUAUCACGCCACUCUCUCUUCCAAAGCUUCACACUUUUACCACUCAAUUCCUCUGUAAAGCAAUCCAAUUUUCUUCUUCUUCACUCCAUCACUAGCUCCAUUUCAGCUUUAUUUCUUCUUCCGCUUCCUUCAAGCACUCUGGAGCAGAAAAAUGACUGAGUUUUCCAUGUCAAGCACAGCAAAAAAUGCACCCUUGUCUAGGGUCCUCUUGUCCUGUUUAGUACUCUUCUCUUCUUUCUUUCUGUCUUACCCUGUGUUGUUCUCUUACUUCAUUUUCUUGUCACCUUACCUUCUCAAGCUUGUGACUUUCCUCUCUCCUCUUCUCAUCACCACCUUCCUUAUCCUGCUUGCCCUCCUCUCCCUCUCUCCAGGCCUUGAGGGGUCUCUUGAAGUAACAUCAGAAUCCAAAGUGGGUUUUGUUUCAAAGUUAUGUUCCAGGGUUCUAGAGAAGUUGAGAUCAAAUUCAGCUGAUGAAGAUGAAGGGAUUGAGCUCUCAAAGGACCUUGAAGUGUACAAGAUUUUCUUUGAAGAAGCUUCCACGUGGGACUCCGGGAAAAGCCAAGAUGAAGUUUCUGAUCAGUUGAAGCCACGGGGGGAUUGUGGGUCUGAAGAAUCUGAAGCACCAGUUGACAAGUUCUUGAUCUAUGGAGAUAAUGUUGUCAAGGGGCAAUCUGAGGCAUCAGCAACCAUAUUCGAGGAAGAGCCGGUUGAGAUUUGUCAGCCAGAGUCCAAAGUUGAGGACAAACUUGAAGAACUGUUUUUCCGGGAGAAGGCAGAAUGGGAAAGUGAAGGUGCGGUUUUCAAAGUAGAAGAGAAAGAAGUCAAACUUCCAGACUCAGAGCCCAAGAAAGUUGGUGAAGAAGAAGAAGAGCAAAAAGAAGAUGAUCCACUGUUCAAAGGCGGAUCCAAGGCAGUAAGCAAUAAAUUAAGCGACCUAAAAGUAAGGGAUAAUCAUGGAGGAGAGUGCUUUUCAAGAACAAGGCAGAAUUCUAGAAGACUUGGUGGGAGUCUCAGGCUCUUCGAUGACAACGGCGGAGGAGAGCAAUCUUACUAUUCACCUGAUAAACUCUACGAGAGCCAUUAUGAGAACACGGGUCUUCAACAUCUGGGGAGUUUUGGGUCGAUGAGGAGAGAGAAAGAGUGGAAGAGGACACUGGCAUGCAAGCUCUUCGAAGAGAGGCACAAUGCGGAGGGUGGCGAGGGGAUGGAUCUGCUGUGGGAGGCCUACGAGAACGAUACCACCACCAAGCAAGUGAAGAACAGCGCAAAGAAGGGCAAGAGAGGAGGGAGAGUCGAAGGGCACGUGAAAGGCGACUACCAAGUCAAAGAAGAAGAAGAAGAAGAAGAAGAAGACAUGGACGAGCAGUUCUGCUGCCUGCAGGCGCUCAAGUUCUCUGCGGGGAAGAUGAACCUGGGCAUGGGAAGGCCCAACCUGGUCAGGAUCUCCAAGGCCUUCAGGGGCAUUGGGUGGUUGCACCAUGUGGGCAAGCACACCAAGAAGGGCUACAACUGAGAUCCGUCGCUCUCUUCCUUCUUUCUUUCAGGGUUCUUGCAGACUUGGGUUUCAAACGGCAAAUGCAAAAGCAAAGGAAAGAGAGGUUCUGUAUGUAUUCGAACUAUAUCUGUAUCAGGACUACUUCUGGGUCAUCUAAUUUUAACGUCAAUAUAGCUCCUUUUCGCUUCCCCA